UCAUUGAGAAAAUAUAUUAUUAGGGGGGCAAACAAUCAUAAUUUAUAUCUCAAUGAAUCGCUUUAACGAAAGAUUGGGUCGUGUCUGAAGAAGACAAAGUGUAGAGAAAGAACCGUGACAGCCAAGACCAUUCCAACCAACGUCUUCACACAUUUGAGAAAUUGAAAGGGAAGAGGAACCUAGAAAGAUGAUUACAUUGAAAGAACUCUUUUUACAGAACAGAAAAUUUUUUCGAUUUGUUGUGCUGACUUUAACCAGUCUCCUGUCAUUUGGGGCUAAUUACUGCUAUGAUAUGCCGGCCGUUCUACAAUAUACACUGCAAGAAAAUUGGUCAAACUGCACCAAUCCUAGCCAAGAUCACAAAUGUUGUGAAGAAUGCUUAAGUCUCGGAGCCGAUCGUUACAACCAGUUAUAUACAUCAUUUUCUUGGUCAAAUGCUUGUAUUGUGAUCUUCUCUGGAUUUCUCACUGACAAAUUCGGUCACAGCAUGUGUUCCCUACUGUUUUCCUCUUCAAUUGUUGCUGGAGCUGGUCUCUUCACCCUUUCAGUCAUUUCCAAUAUACGGCGGGCGGUCGCUAUGUAUCCUUUGAUGUUAGUUGGCCGAAUGUUAUUAGGUAUCGGCAGUGGAUCUCUUCGAAUCGUCCAAGACAGAAUUGUAGCUUUUUGGUUUCAAAAGAACGAACUAGCAUCGGCCUAUGGCAUCAUUAUGGCAAUCGCUCGACUUGGUAGUGUGUUGAAUUUUUUAAUUACUAAAAACUUGGAACAUCACUUUGGUUUAACCAAAACCCUUUUCUUUGGUUUUUCUCUGUGUCUGUUCAGUCUUGGUUUGGCAUUUUUAUUGGCCAUGGUAGAAUGUUCAGUUAAAGACGACGACGAGCCAACUCAGAACAAACAACCUAAAGUAGCCUCGUUGCGUGACUUGAAACAACUUUCUUGUCUUUAUUGGUUGAUAAACAUCUCCAGAUUGUUUUUCUUCAAUGCUGUGGUACAGUUCGUGGUGGAUUCGACGGAAUUUUUCCAAGACAAAUAUAAAAUAAGUCCCGAACGUUCAGCUUAUAUAAUUGGAGCCAUCUACGAUGUCGGUAUGGUCUGUUCGCCUUUCGUUGGUUUUCUUGCGGAUUACACAAAAUCUGUGAAACGAAUGUUGUUUAUUGGUAUCGUCUCCUUGCUGCCUGUGUAUUUGGUGAUGGCUUAUACCGGCUUAAACCCGAUUAUAUGCACCGUGUGGAUUGGAUUAAGUCUUACUGUCUGUGUGAUCUGUUACUGGCCGGUGAUGACCAAAGUAAUUCCGCCACAUUUACUUGGAUCUGGUCUGGGUAUCUGUACGUCUUUGACGGCAAUUGGUGUAGGAACUACAUCAUUCAUUGUCGGUAAAAUUCUUGAACAUGAUGAAAGUGUAAGCCCUUCAGAAAUGCUUCAUCUUUGGCGGAUCACCAUGAUAUAUUUAACCAUGAAUGUUUUCAUGUCUUUCCUCUUCAUCUGUCUUUUCUUCCUCAAGGACAAGAAACGGGUUGAACCUGAAUUCAAUCAUGCAAAGCUUCGUCCACGAGCCAAGACCUGUAUUGAUAGGUUCGACAGACGCUUAAGUAGGAACGGUUCAUACAACACAUUUGGAGACGUAAAGCGCCCAGUGAGAGCAAUGUCCUGUGUAGGAUAUAUUUAACUACCGCAACUGGUCCUGUUUUCACCAGUUUGCCGACGCCUCAAUUAAGAUAGUUGUUUAUUUAUCGGUUCUACCGCCCCUCAAACAAAUUCUUUAUAAAUGCUCCUCAAAUUCUUUAUAAACGUAUUCUUGAAUAUGCUGUUUUAAUUUUUGUUCCGUUUUAAUUUCUGAGAGAAUAAUUAACAUUCCGUAUGAAGGUUAUGCCUCACGUGGACUUUUUUCGUAUUAUGUCUUAAAUGUAAAAUGUUUCACGAGAUAGCUGCCAUAUUAUCAAGCACAACAUGUUGUUCGUUUGUUAUUCUACACGUUAUGGUGACACCAUAAC